CGGUACGGUAGCCUAUACCCAAGAGUGCGUGGCUUAAGGAGAAACUCGUGGAAUGCAGUUUGAAUAACACAAGGAGACCACCUCAGAAGUCAAGCCUCACUCUCGUCCUUAUCUUUUACGUUCUUGUUAGCAUCGCCUGUAAACAUACCCCCACACUCUAUACAAGCCUUGAAAUUGGAUCAGACUCUUUGAUUGAUUGGCAGAUUCUUUUUUAAGGGCAGUGAAUUUACCUCACAGAUCUCCUUCCUCCACACAGGGCUAAUCUAGAACUUUGUAGGCACGAUGAAAUUUACUACCAAACAGAUGUCUUUGAUUGUAGCAAUAUUUGGUUUAUUAUCCUUCAUUUUUGGAGUUCUCGCCGAAAACAAGAAGCCUGCAAUGGGAAAUCCAAAACCAAUUACUGGGAAAAAUGUUGUUAUUUGCAAGUAUCCAUCUGAUCCCAGUGUUGUCUUGGGAUUUCUAUCCUUUGCAUUUCUUGUUGCCUCUACUGUGGCCGGAUUUUUGUCUUUGUUUUACCCAUACAAGGGGAAGUCCAUUCCACAGGCUGCUUUGUUCCGAAGCACUAGCUUUCUUGUAUUCUUCAAUAUUGCUCUGGGUACGGCUGGAUUGGCUGGAACAUUGCUGUUAUGGCCUACAAUCACUGAGCAACUUCAUCUGAAACGCAAUGUUCAUCAUGAUCUGGAAACAAAAUGUCCAACUGCUAAGACGGGUCUUCUCGGUGGAGGUGCCUUCGUUUCUCUUGAUUCGUCGCUCUUCUGGUUGGUUUCUCUGAUGUUAGCUGACAAUGCUCGAGAGGACUACUUUGAAGAAGUGGAGGUGGAUGGUAAAGCUGGGCGUGAUCAUGUGCCUGCGACUGAUUAUGAUGCUGAUGAACCUAUCAAGCACAGUGCCUAGACAGUAUACUAUCAGCACAACGGACGUUAAUGUCUUUAGUUUUCUCGAUCCCCAGUUCCUUUUCGUAUGGUUAUUAGUAAGAACUCAUAUGCAAAGAUCCUUCAUCACCAUCUAUUUUUUGUUUGUGUUUUCGUUUCGUGUGGAUCUGGUUUUAUUUCUAAGCAAGUCUUAAGUUUUUAUUUCUUGUCCAAUUUUCCUUCUUUCUCGCUCGCACUUCAAUUUUCCUUCAUUCUUGUUUGCUUUUGGGUCAAUGACAAAACUUCUUCCUUAAAUGAUUCCUGACGUGGGACAGAGAAGUGAUACAUUUCAGUAAACUCUUGCAUUUCAAAUUAAGC